AUGGACACGGCGGAGGUGUCCGCCGGGCUCAGCACAGGAGCCCAGGCUGGCAUCGGCAUCGGGGUCGGCGUCGUGGUCAUCGCGCUCGCGACGACUGCGUAUGUUCGCCGGCGGAGGGCGAAGAGCACGCGGAACAACACCGUCAGUCGCAGGGACGAGGAGGAGGAGGGGGAUGAGUAUGCGGAGAUGGGGACUUUGAAGGGCGAGCGGCCGGUUAUCUGCGAGGGCGGGACGUGCAGCAAAGUGAGAAUGGUUGCGGCGUGA